GUGAUUACCCACAGUUUUCUUUUGGUCUCACGCCUUCUUCGCUUCAUUGUUCGAUUCUGUAUGAAAUUACAGCGCGCUUUCAUUAUAUUCUUGGCAUUCAUUAUUAACUCAUGAGUGCUGUUACAUGCAGUAAACCAAAUUUAAAUGCUGGAGAGAGUCAUGGAAGCUGCAUUUUAUUCAAGGCGUCUUGGCAUCUUCUUCCUUGCCUUAUUUCUGUGCGGUACUUUACUCCUUGAAGAUGCAAGCUGUGGAAGAGAAUUAAACAGCCGCGGGAAUACUCCUGCUCCUCGACAGAAGCAAAAUGUAGAAGUGGGAAACAAUUUAAUAGGGUCCAGUCCUCCAAAUUGCAAGAACAAAUGUAUGGGCUGCACCCCCUGCAAUCCAGGGUUAACAGUUCCUCCCUGUGUUGAAGACUUUCAGAGUAAUGCACGCGAGGGGCAUUACUAUUACAACCUGUCAUGGAAAUGCAGAUGUAGAAACAGAACUUUUCAGCCUUGACCAUCAUUUCUUUUUAUCUGCUCAGCAUUUAAGGUAGAGAAUAAUGAGCAUUAUUGAGCUGAAGCAGAGUUCUCAAAACCCUUAGCAGCUCAUUUAUUAAAAGUAGGCGCUUAAAAUAGGAAAGCUUCCCAAUUCUACAACUGGGUUUACUGUUAGUGUAAAUUUAUUGAAGGUAGUGAGCUCACCGCUGAAGCUCCUGUUAAUUUUUUUUUAGUAAAAGUGAAUCAUCAAGAAGGCUAGAUGAAUGUCCUUGGGAAACUUGGUUUAAACAGUUAUUGUUGACGCCUUCACAACUAUAUUUUAAAUUGCAAUUAGCAACUCUAGAACAAAAGAGAUUGUUUGAACUUCAAAAACACACUUUAUAACUCUUCCAUACAUUAUAUGGACUGUGGAAAAUCAAUUAUAGAAG